UUCGUUCUUCGAUUUGUUCACUUAACCUAAAUUUGAAUCAUUCGCCGUGAUCGUAUACCGUACAAACCUGUUUGUGAGCAACAGAGCCCACUCUAUGAACAAGCUUUAUACGAUUUACGAAAACGCUUUUCAAAACUUGUUUUCUCUGCCAUACAUAAGGUGGGAAGAAAAAUUUCAAUUGAAAAUUAUUUUCAGCAGACAAACAUAGAAAAUUUAUUUUAUAAAAGGGAAAUAUUGAACUCAGCAAGACACUGAGAUGACUACCGAAAACGAUAAAACCAAAAGCAAUAACCCGUUUGAUAUCUUACGCGGUCAGCGAAUAUGGCAAGAGACUUUCGUGCCGUCAUUUUUUCGCAGCGAAAAAAUGUCACUUUGCCAAAUACUCUUUCGACGCGACACCACCUUUGACUGCCUCUACGACUUGGGCAUGGAGGGGAAAGUGCAAUUCAUAUCACACACGGAAGGGUAUUAUGUGCCUUGCAUGAAUUAUGUUGGCGAAGUGCAGCGUUGCAGCGAAAUGCUGCACAUCUUGAAGGAUUUGCAAGCAGAAAUCGACGAUUGUAAUUUAACCACAGUCUACUAUCCCAACGUCGACACUGAUGAAGUGCCGAAAGAGUCCGAUUUACCGCGCAUUGAAGCGCAAGUUAGCGAAUUACGCGCGGAACUCAAAGGUGUGCUGUCGGAGUAUGAAGAGCUAGAGGUACAGCGGCUCGUUAUGAAAGAGCGACUUUUUGUGCUUGCACGUGCUGAAGCUUUUUUCACCGGCGCCACCAACCGUGAAGCGGUCAUGGCAUGGACGAACAGCAUGAUAAUGAAUAUACUACGCGAUGGCACACACAACAUUAGUCGCGACAAUCAGGCACAUUUGGGUUUCUUCACCGGCACUAUAUUGGUGGACAAGUUUCGUGCCUUCGAGCAGGUGUGUUGGCGCAUUUGUCAUGGCAAUUUUUACAUUAGACGCGCCGAAAUACCAACAGACGCGGCAGAUACGCCAAAAUCAAAAGCGCCUGAUCGUAAAUAUGCUUUUGUCAUACUCUUCAUAGGCGAUGCGAUGCGCCGCAAAAUCGCCAAACUAUGUCAGGCUUUCUCAGUGCAACUGCACGACUAUCCGGAGACGGCUGAGACGCGUAUAGAAUACCGCAAGCGCAACGCCUUGGAGUUGGCGGACAUUGAGUUGGUGUUGGAACAAAUCAAAGAGCAGCGCCGACGUAUACUCAGCAUUGCAACGUUGGAACUGUGCAUUUGGCGUUCGAAAAUAAACAAGACGCUGAUGAUCUACGAUGCCAUGAACAAAAUGGCGAAUGUGCAUCAGUUGGAUAACCAAAAGUAUUUGGUGGUAGAGUGUUGGAUACCAUCGAAUAGUGUAGCGACUGUGCGUGCGACGCUCAUUAAAGGCGCACAUCGAUCGUCGAAGGGCGCGCAAACCUUUGCGCCCAUUAUAACGUUACAGAAGUUCAAGCCACGCUUGCGUGAGCCGCCUACUUGCUUUGAGCUGAAUAAAUUUACGCGUGGCUUUCAAAAUCUCGUCGACGCCUAUGGCAUGGCUUCGUAUAAGGAGCUCAACCCCGCACCAUAUACCAUCAUAACUUUUCCCUUUCUAUUUGCUGUUAUGUUUGGCGAUGUGGGGCAUGGCAUUCUAAUGACUAGCUUCGCGGCGUGGAUGUGUCUGAGGGAGAAACAACAGGAGGAGCGCAUGAAGAACUCGAGGGGCUCUAAUGAGGUAUUUGGCUUGAUAUUUGCCGGCCGAUAUGUCAUACUACUCAUGGGCAUUUUCUCCAUGUACACGGGUUUAAUAUACAAUGAUUUCUUCUCGAAGCCCUUGAAUUUGUUCGGCUCCCACUGGCGUGUGAACUACACGAGGAGCACAGUGUUGAGCAAUAAUUUGUUACAAUUGGAUCCACAGCAUCCGGAGAACUAUAGAGGUACGCCCUACAUAUUUGGCAUGGAUCCCAUAUGGGAGAUAGCAGGCCAAUAUUCGAUUACCACUUUUAACUCGUUGAAAAUGAAGGUCGCCAUAAUUUUGGGCGUUGUGCACAUGAUUUUUGGCUUGACGCUCUCGGCAUGGAAUAGCGCGUAUUUUAAGAAUAAGGGCGAUUUGUACUUGGUCUUCUUACCGCAGAUAACUUUCUUAUUCUGCCUCUUCUUCUACUUAACACUACUCAUAUUCAUUAAGUGGAGCAUCUUUGGCGGCCACUACGAUACGCCAUAUAAUAGCGCCUGUGCGCCAUCCAUUUUAAUUACCUUCAUCAAUAUGGUGCUGUUCAAAGACGGCUCUAAAGAUGUAGAGAAGGGCUGUCACUUAGAAAUGUUCACCGGCCAAAUGAUUAUCCAAUAUAUGUUAAUUUUCUUGGCUUUUGCUUCAAUACCCGUCCUGCUACUUGGCAAACCACUCUACAUAUACUUUGAGCAAAAGAAAAUCAAAGCCAUACAAGAUGCCGAACGUAAGCGUAAAGCGAGUCGUGAAACUUUGAAUAAUGUACGUAAGACGCUACAAACCUAUAAUGUGGAGUAUGUGAAGGCCGCCUCGUCGUCACACGUAUUUUCCGAUUUGGAGGAAGAGAAAAUUGAUAUGACCGAGGUGUGGAUACAUCAAGGGAUACACUGCAUCGAGAGCGUGUUGGGUUCGGUAUCGCACACCGCUUCCUAUUUACGCUUGUGGGCGCUCUCUUUGGCACACGAUCAAUUGUCGACUGUGUUGUGGAAAAUGGUAUUACGUAUACCGUUGACUGGCAACCAUGGUCUCAUCGAUGGCGUUCUACUCUAUUUAAUAUUCUAUGUCUGGGCUGCUCUAACUAUUGCCAUACUCGUGGUUAUGGAGGGCUUGUCGGCAUUUUUGCAUACACUUCGCUUGCAUUGGGUUGAAUUUCAGUCGAAAUUUUACACCGGCGCAGGUGAAAAGUUUCUGCCGUUCUAUUUUGAGCCCACCAAUAGAUACCAUUGAAGAAGGUGAGGAAUAUGUGACGAGAGAGGCGGUAUAUAUAGGAGAGGGGAGAGCUUAUGGAUGUCAUUUGUAUAUGUAUAUUGAACUUGGAAAAAUUUUUUCUCCGAUAGCCAUUUGUAUAUUUCAAUCAAAAACUUUUGGAGCAUUGAAAACGUUUAUUCAAAAAUACAAGCCUAUCACAUGGCCUACAUAUUCUGCAUGAUUCUGGAGCAUUUUCUUUAAUUUCAGCUCUUCAUUUUAAUUCGAAUAUUUUGUAAUUAAACUAAUAAACGAAUAUUUUCAUUCCACUAUUGAUUAUUUGAAAA